GUCACAAUGGUUACUAGCCUAGAUAACGUCCCCGACGAAAUUGUCCGGCAGAUCCUCCAAUACGUUCCUCCCGGCGAGGCCUACUACCAGGUGCCGCUGGUCUCGAAACGUCUCAGGCGCCUUGCGUUUGAGCCUCUGCUAUGGAGGGACUACUGCCAGAGUUGCUUCCGCUACUGGCACGCUGAACACUGCCUGGGCGAGAAGCUACAGUCGAGGGCGUCCAAGACGGACUGGAGGGGUCUCUGGAGGCUACGCCAGGAACGCAAUGACCUCUCAGCGCGGCUGCUCGACAAGGCAAUCGCCACAAAGGUCGGGCGCAUGGGCAACAUUGGGAAGAUAUGCCAGUUGGGCUAUGAUGCGAAAGAUUUCCUCCUGGAGCAGGUCCAGACGCCCGAUACCGCGGAUGACGUUCUCGCCAGGCGAUACUUCGCCAAUACCGCACUGUCCAGCAUACAUCGAGGCGCCGCCGUUCACGAAUGGUACAGUUACCAGCGCACGCCUCUCACUCCCUUUGGACUCGACCGCGCGCUGGCCGCCUUCGACAUGUUUUUUGCUCCUGAGGACGAUGGCGACAUCGACGGCACGUGCGCAUUGCUCGACAGGCUAGCCGCGGAAUUCAUUGAAGAGCAGGACGGGUUUGAUGCGUUAUCUACACGCGACAAGGCACUGGCCCUGCUGAAGUGGACGAGGGACAGGAACCUGACGGGCAUGGACAACCCUGGGGAAAACUACCGCUGCCUGCGAAACUGUCUGAUCGGGCACGCGCUGCGGGACGAGAACCACCCUUCUCUCCCCUUGGUAUCGUGUGCCAUCUACACGUGUCUGGCGGAGCGAGCCGGCCUGCGCGCUGCCUGUUGCGCCUUUCCAAGCCAUGUUCAUGCCAUGAUUAUGGCGCCCUUGGGACACGACCUAGACGGGAAACAGAUUGAACCUCCCACGACGGAUGUCGACAAGAUGUUCCUCGACCCAUAUGGCUCGAGCGAGGAGGUCCAUCUGGCGGACCUCCGGUCCAGGCUUGUCGAGUUCGACUGGCUGCACGGGGAGGAGGCAUUCCUCGUCCCCGCCCCAGUCCCGGUUCUGGUACAGCGGGUAGGGCGAAAUAUGAAGAUGACUUUCCACGACUUCAUCCACCGGAGACAGGAGCACCUCUCGGUCGAGCACCUCGCGGUCCUCCGAGCCGACCGCCCCCCCUCCAAGCGCACCGUUGAGAGCUCGGUAUACGCAGCCCACUGGGCGAACCUCCUGAUGACUCCUGUGAGCAAUUUCCAGUGGGACAGCUCACUGGACCAUUUCCUGCACUUCGUCACGCACUACUUCCCCGAGGACGCUUGGAUGGUCGAAAUGUAUCUCACGCCGCUGUACAAAAUUCACACAAAUACCGUGCAGCCGCGGCACCGAUUCACGCUGGAGAACGUGCCCGAGGUCCUGCGUCUGAUCCGCAACGCGGACAACAGGACGCCGACCGUCAACAGGCGGUACACGCAGGAGAUCAACCAGACCGUGUGGUACACCGUAGGGCAGGUGUUCCGACACAAGCGGUAUGCAUAUAUCGGGAUCAUCAACGGCUGGGGUGAGAGAGGGACGUCGUCGCUUCCUGGGGCGCCCAGCCUGGCCAUGGAGGAUCUGAUGGAUGAGUUGUCGGAUUCCGGCACGGACAGUGACACGAUCGGGCUAAGACUCAGGAAGAAGGUUUUCUACACGUGUCUGACGCACAAAAACGAUCGUUCUGUCGUUGCGCAAGAUGCUAUCCAGAUCAUCCAUGACCCGAGGCUCAUACCCGAGACUCUGAUGGAAGAUGCUGGGAAGUUUUUCAAAAAGUUUGACGCAAAGACAUGCACAUUCGUGUCCAACGUCAAAGAGUUCUAUCCUGACGGCUAGGCCUCUCGGGCUUCCGGGGGGGAAGGGGGGUUUCACACUCAUCUUUUGAUUCUUGAGUCUGGUUAUGGAAUUCAAGGAGGCCGAGAGAUACGGCAUUAUAACAACUUGAAAUUCCAAUAUACUUUUUUUAAUUGCAAUUAAGCGAAAUCUAAGAUCAUAUGCCCAUCG